UUUUUACAGCAAGAAAUAAAAAGAAGAUGGCCGCUCCUAUGCAGUGAGGAAUCUGCAGUGGGGAGAGAUAAAGGAAAAUUCCGUAGAAAAUGAGAUAACCUUGAAAUAAAUAAAAUUGGCAUACAAACUGGGAAAAAACUUUGAUUGAAGAAAUCUUAGGGAGGGUCUGCAGCCUAAGGGGCGGGGCCGACGCGUUGAGCGGCUUUGCGCCUGCGCUUCAGCUAGGCGGUUAGAUUUGAAUGCUUUACUGAGGUCCUCUAGGCGUUAUGAGCAGACGUGAAGGGGUGGGGGUGAGCUAUCUGAGAAGCGUGCGGACCACAAACAAGUGUGAGGAGAAUUUGUGAAGCCGUUGGGGCUUCACAAAUGAAGCGGCGGGUAACUUUCGUCCUGGUCUUCGCCCGCGGGAUUUAGGUUUUGUUAGAGCGGAUUGAAGGCCUCACGCUGGGAGGAGAGGGACGCGCCUACAGCCAGACUGCCUCGGAACUCUCUGGGCUCAGAAAAAUUUUUCUUCAAAAAUGGAUGGGAUGUCUUCAGAGGCUAAUGAAGAAAAUGGCAAUGUGGAGAGACCUGUUGGAAGACGACAUUCUUCAAUUUUGAAACCCCCAAGGAGUCCUCUUCAGGACCUCAGAGGUGGAAAUGGGAAUGAAACUAUUCAGGAAUCCAACGCUUUGAGAAAUAAGAAAAACUCUCGUCGAGUCAGCUUUGCAGAUACUAUAAAAAUAUUCCAGACAGAGUCUCAUAUGAAAAUAGUGAAAAAGUCAGAAAUUUCAGAAACAGAGGCAGGAGAAAAUACCCUAUUUAUACAGAAUAAGAAUCCAGAAGAUAACUACUGUGAGAUAACUGGAAUGAACACAUUGCUUUGUGCUCCCAUUCAGACCCAGAUGCCCCAGAGAGAGAUUUCAAUUACAGAAUACAGCCAUGAAAGGAAACAUGCAAAUGACCAAACAGUCAUCUUUUCAGAUGAAAACCAGAUGGACCUGACAGCAAGUCACACUGUGAUGAUUUCCAAAGGCCAUUUAGAUUGUACCAAAAGUGAGAAGUCCACCAAGAUAGAUACUACAUCAUUUCUGGCUAACUUAAAACUCCACACUGAAGAUUCAAGAAUGAAGAAAGAAUUACAUUUUUCUGUAGAUCAAAACACUUCUUCAGAAAAGAAGAUAAAUUUCAAUGACUUCAUAAAAAGAUUGAAAAUAGGAAAAUCAAAUGCUUCUCCUUUUAUAGGACCUGAUAAAGAAAAUUCUGAGAUGCCUAUUCAUUCCAAAGAAGCAAAUAAGACCACUUCUGUCCAUCAAAUGCAUGUAUCUCUUGGUGUAGAUGAAAAUACCAGUAAUAUGACUAGACUCCUUAGAGAACAAGAUGAUGGAAUGAAUUUUACCCAGUGUCAUACAACCAAUAUUCAGACUUUUGUUCCCACAUCCAAUGAGGCCAGCUUACGGGAAUUUAAAGGUGAUGAUAUUACAGUUUAUGGCAAUGACUUCAUGGACUUGACAAUUAGCCACACUGUACAGAAGUUACCUUCAACAGAUAAUCUGUCUGAAAUAGAAAAUCAAACUCAGGAUGUCAUGAUGGAUGUUUCAACUUGUUAUGAAACUAAAGCACUAGAACAGAAGACAGUCUUUAAGGAUAAACCGAAUGAUGCUUUCCAAGACCUUUCCUUAAAUCCUAAAGGUAACAUACAUAUGAUCAGAAGUCAUAUUGCAGGGACAGAAAUUCAAACAGUCACACAGGCUACCAACCAGGAUAUCAGACCAUUGGCCAUGAUCCCAGAAUCUAAAUGUUCUGAUCCAACUAUUCAAGAUGAUAAGACAUUUUUAUAUUCUAGUUGUAAUGAUGCCAUGGAACUGACCAAGUGUCACUCAAGUAUGAGAGAGGAGAAGAAUUUGGUAAAGCAUGACAGUAAUUAUUCUAAAAUGUAUCCCAAUCCAGAUGGCAACUCUCUUCUCAGAGAAAAAACUGUUUAUUCAGGAGAAGAUAGCAUGGACAUUACCAAGAGUCACACAGUUAAAAUAGAUAAUCAAAUUUUUAAACAAGUUCAGACAAAUGUACAGAAAGCAACUGCACCAGUAUCUGAAAAAGAAAUGAUGAUCCAAAAUCACAUAAUUGUGUCAGAGAAUUGGGACAUAAAUGUAAAUUGUCGUUCCGUUCCUCUUGUAUCUAAGGAAAGAUUACAGCAGAGCCCGGAAAAUCCUUUAUUUAUUUCAUUGACUGACAAAAGGACUGAAAUCUUCAUAGAUGAAGAUAUGGAUUUGACUAAAAGUCACACAGUUAAUUUAGGAAGUCAGUUUCCUCUUGCAUCUUGCAAUGUAACAUCUGAGAAUACCAGUAAAUCUCACUGUCACAGCAAAAGCCUUUCAAAUGAAUGGGGAAAAAUGACCAAAGAUCAUAUUGACCUAUCCCAACAACAAAACAUAAUAUCUAAGAACAUCCCUGCUAAUACCUGGGAGAAAGAAAAAAGUCAAGUUUUGAAGAUUUCACCCUAUCUUGAUAAAGAUUCUCCUCAGUCACCUGAUAUUAACCAGGACAUAGCAACAAAACAUAAUAUAGUAUACUUUUGUGAAGAUCUUCACAAACAGGUACCACUGGGAAAUAACAGAAAUACAAUUUCAUGUGAGCAAGCUUUGUUUCCUACUACAAAGCCAUUAUUUUCAUCAAGAGGACAGCCUGCCAUCAGAAAUCAUAAUGUUGUUAACAGUCAAACAGUAAAAUCUGUACUAGGCCAGAAUUCUAAACUGCCUGAGCCACUAAGGAAAAGUUCAGGUAAUCCCAUUCCUGACUGUUCUGACAAGACAGUUAUUUGUUCAGAGAAGGAAGAAAAUAUGGAUCUAACCAAGAGUCACACUGUUAUUACUGGAUUUAGUCCUUCUGAAGUACUAGAACUAAGUAAGACUAAUUUAGAAAACACUAACAGCCAGUUAUCAACAGUAAACAGACAGAAAGCUCUAAAAGUUGAAAAAUGUAAUGAAAGUCCUAUAGAAAAAAUGGGAGUGUUUAUUUCUAAUGGUAUCAUGGAUGUGUUGGAGGACAAAAAUGUGCAGAAAUCCGGAAUUCUGAAUGAAAAACAAGAUGUCAAAAUUUGUGGAAGAAAAAGUCUUGGCAGACUAAAAGUUGAUAAGACUGUUGUAUUUUCAGAGGGAAAUGAGAAUGAUAUGGAUAUCACCAAGAGUUGUACAGUGGAAAUAAGUCAUAGACCUUUACUAGAUGAACAUGAUUCCCAUUUGGUGCCUUUGACAGGAAAUUCUAACACUGUUUUGUAUGCAUGUGGGCAAGAUGACAUGGAGGUCACCAGAAGUCACACAACUGCUAUAGAAUGUAAAACUGUCUCACCAGAUAAAACAACUACUAGGGCUGUGGACAAAACUGUAAUGUUUGUAGAUGAUCAUGAUGAACUAGAAAUGACAAAGUCCCAUACUAUUUUCAUUGACUGCCAAGCAAAGGAGAGAACUGUGCUUCCAGACAGACCAAACUUUGAACUAUCCAAAAGAAAAAGCCUCGAAAAAUCAAAAGUGACCCCUACUUCUACUGAGGAGAGUGUUUUUUUCCCGCAAAAUGUCGAAAGGGAUCAUUCAGUCGCAAAAGUCAGCCAGCUAACACUACCAGGGAAAUGGUCUAAUCAUGGUCCUUUAGAGAAAGCUGAAGCAUUUAUAGCUGAUGAUAACAUGGAAGUGUCUAAAUCAACCAUUUGGAAAAAUGACAGAAAUGUACAAAAGCCUGUAUUUCUGAAUGAACCUCUAUCAUGCAAAAAUCAGAGAAGGAAAAGCCUUAGACUCAGAAAUGACACGACCAUUGCAUUUUCAAAGAAUGAUAAAAAUGAUAUGGAUGUCAUCCAGUGUUGUACAGUGGAAAUAAAUAACAAAAGUGUCCUGGAAGAUAGAGAGGACUCCCAUUUGCUCCCUUUGGAAGGAACUUCUAAUACUGUUUUGCAUACAUGUGGACAGGAUGAUAUGGAGAUCACCAGAAGUCACACAACUGCCUUAGAAUAUAAACCUCUCUCACCAGAUAAAAUAACCACUAGGACUACAGACAAAACUGUUAUGUUUGUAGAUAAUCACAGUGAUCUGGAAGUUACUAAGUCCCACACUGUUUUCAUUGAUUGUCAAGCCACGGAGAAAAUACUUAAAGAGUGCUCUGCAUUUGGAAUAGCAAAAGAAAAAACCUUGGGUGUUUCUUUUCCACAGGAUGGUAAUUCUAUUCAAGAAGUCACUAAAAAACAAGCACUGGCUGUAGAAAACAAAAUCAUUCUUCACAGUGAGCAAAAGCAUAAUGUGAUACCCUUUGUUCCUACUAAUACAUUGUCUGGCCGUCAAGGUGAGACAGAUGUCAGAUUCCAUAGCACUUCUGUAGAUGAAGAAGUCAUGAAAGUUGUAGGCCAGGCCUAUACAUUGGAAAAACCCAAAAUUGAAAGCUGUCAGUUAAAUAGUACAGAUAGAAGAAAUGUGGAUUUUACAAGCAGACCUGCAACUGCUGUUUGUGGAUCUGCUGAUAAUUAUUCUUGUUUACCUAAUGUUACUUCAUUUUUUGGUAAUUUGGAGAAGAACGUCAUGUCCUUAUGUGAUAAAGAUGAAGAUUUAAAAGCCAGUCAUUGCCCAGUGCAAAAUGAUCUUCCUUAUGCAAACAAUUCAGCCAGUGAUGAUGAUUUGAAAUCUGAGGGACUGCCUCUUUCUGCUCCUUGCUUGUUAGAGAAGGAGAAAGUUGUUCAAACCAAUACCCAAGGACAGUUACAUUGUGUCCCCAAAAUGCUAAAAGAUCAAGAUCUGAUUAAGGAGCCCCCAAAUCUAAUAUCAAAUGAAACUUUAGUAUAUGGUGAAGAUUUGGGGGAGAUGACUAAACUUAACUCAAAGCCAGUGUCUUUUAAACUUCCAAGGGAUCAAAUGGAGCCCUCUGUUCAUAAGGCAGAACAGAAUUUAAAGAAGACUUUUGUUGAUGAUGUUUGUGUUGCUUCUCAGCAUCAUCUAUUAACCCAACUACCUCCAUUACCUCAACAAGGACAGAAUAUUGUCAAUAAAGAUGAAGCAAUAUUGUCUAAAGCUGGAAAUAAUUUAAAUAUUGUUAGAGGAAAUUCCUCUGAACCCACAUGUGAAAACGAUUCCACAAUGCUCUAUAAUGGGAAACAGUUUACUGUGGCCUAUAGAAAAGAACCAAAGAAAAAUAUUCAAACAGCUAAAUGUAAUACAGCUAUAGAUUUCCACAGUAACUCAGCCUUGACUAAGCAAGUUACUCAGACUCUUAUCAAUCCUCGAGAAGCAUCAGAUCCUGUAAUUGCAUCCAGUGUUGCAACUUGUAGUGUCAAACCAAAUCUGAAUAACUUAAAUGGAAAAACUGAAGAAUUUUUAGAUUUCCAACCAGUUCGUUUACCACCUUCUCCAGAACAGUUACUUAAAUUAGUAAAUAAGGCACACGGUGAUAUGAGUAUAGUGCAAGCUACAGAAAUACAUAAUGUUAACAUAGUGUCUAGCAAUGUUAAAGAUGAUAGAGAUGAAGAAAAUAAAGUUCCACGUAAUGGAGCUGAAACCACCUCUGUAUCAUUAAUGACAACUGUAAAAGAUAAAAUGAGGAGAUGUUCUUUGGGAAUAUUUUUGCCCAGAUUGCCAAACAAAAGAAAUUGUAGUGUCACUGGUAUUGAUGAUCUGAAGCAGGUUCCAGCAGACACAACUGAUUUAAAUCACUUAGAAACUCAGCCGGUUUCCAGUAAGGAUUCAAGCAUUGGAAUUGUUACAGCUAAACUGAACUUAAGUCCAUCUCAAUAUAUAAAUGAGGAAAAUCUCCCUAUAUGUCCUGGUGAGAUUAAUUCCUCAGACUCUAUCAGCAUAGAUACUGAGGAAAAGGCUUUGACUGAGACAUACCAAAAAGAGACUUCACCCUCUGAAAAUAAAAUGGAAGAAACCUGCAAUAGCCAAAAAAGAACCUGGGUACAAGAAGAUGAUGAUGAUAUUCAGAAUGAGAAAAAAAUCAGAAAAAAUGAAAUUGGGUUUAGUGAUACUGCCCAAGAUCAGGAGAUUUCUGACCUCCAUGCUGAAGGAGAUAUGGAUAAAAAUGCUAACAGUGUAUUGAUAAAAAGCCUGAGCAGAACCCCAUCUAGUUGUAGCAGUUCUCUGGAUUCAAUCAAGGCUGAUGGGACCUCUCUGGACUUAAGCACACACCUUGGUAGUCAAAUAGAAUCACAGUUUCUCAGAGAUACCGUUUGUGAAGAGAGCUUGAAGGAGAAACUCAAAGAUGGAAGAAUAACAAUAAAGGAGUUCUUUAUACUUCUUCAGGUCCACAUUCUGAUACAGAAACCCCGACAGAGCAAUCUUCCAGCCAAAUUUACUGUAAACACAUCACCUACUCUGGAAGACCUGAUGUUAAGUCAGUAUGUUUACCGACCCAAGAUACAGAUUUAUAAAGAAGAUUGUGAAGCUCUUCGCCGGAAGAUUGAAGAAUUAAAGCUUUCUGCACUGAACCAAGAUAAACUGUUGACUGAUAUAAAUAGAAACCUGUGGGAAAAAAUGAAACACUGCUCUGAUGAGGAGCUGAAGGCCUUUGGAAUUUACUUGAACAAAAUAAAAUCACGUUUUACCAAGAUGACUAAAGUCUUCACUCACCAAGGAAAAGUGGCUCUAUACAGCAAGCUGGUGCAGUCAGCUCAGAGUGAGAGAGAGAAACUUCAUAAAAGGAUAAAUGAGAUGGACAACAUACUUAAGAAGAUUGAUAACUCUCUCACCGAGGUGGAAAUAGAAACUAAGAAUUUGGAGGAUGAACAGAAAGACAGUCCUGUGGAAGAACUGAAUUCUGAAGUGAGAGCUGCAGAGAAAGAAUUGGAACAGCUGAAAACUGAGGAAGAAAAACUUCAAAGAGAUUUUUUAGAGCUGGAGAUACAGAAAGGGCAGAUCCUUGCUCAAUUAGAGUUUGUGCAAAAGCAAACAAAGAGAACUGAAGAGCUGCUGGAUCAGUUGAGCUUGUCUGAAUGGGAUGUCAUUGAAUGGAGUGAUGAUCAAGCUGUAUUCACCUUUCUUUAUGACACAAUAGAACUCAUCAUUACCUUUGGAGAGCCAGUAGUUGGUCUCCCUUUCCUGGACAAGGCUUAUAGGAAGGUUGUUGAUCUGAAUUUUCAAUCUCUAUUAGAUGAGGAUAAAGCUCCUCCUUCCUCCCUUUUAGUUCAUAACCUUAUUUUCCAGUACAUUGAGCAACAGGAAUCCUGGAAGAAGACAUGCACAACACAGCAUCAGGUACCCAAGAUGCUUCAAGAAAUCUCACUGGUAGUGAGCCAUUGCAAACUCCUUGGAGAGGAGAUUGAGUUUUUAAAGCGAUGGGGACCAAAUUAUAACCUAAUAAGCAUAAAUGUGAAAAAUACUGAAUUGAAGCUUUUAUUCUCCAGCUCAGCAGCAUUUGCAAAGUUUGAGAUAACUUUGUCUCUCUCAGCCCACUACCCAUCAGUCCCAUUACCUUUUUCUAUUCAAAAUCACCUUGGAAACAUUGGCCAAGAUGAAGUCACUGCCAUUCUAUCUAAAGUGCCACUGGAAGACAACUACCUAAAGAAUGUAGUCAAACAAAUUUACCAAGAUCUGCUUCAGGACGACUGCCAUUUCUACCACUAGAAUCAUGGAUUGCAGUUAUAACAGUCAAGCACAGUAACACUUAAUAAUAAUACUGUGUCAGCAUUUCAGUUACUGUUUAAUAUUCAUCUUUAGGUCAUAGACGCCUAGUAAAGUUUCUUCUGAUGGAAAUUUCUCCCAUUAAGAAUUAACUUUUAAGUAUAAGAGGAGGGGUCACCACAAACAAAAAUAUUAGCCAUUUUCCCAUAUCUAGGGCUGUGAUUUUUAGGUUUCUGGCUUCUGCCUACUAGAUAUUUCCAGGGUAGUCAAGUCUUAUCUACAAACCACUCAUCCUCCCUUUUUCUCCAUUCCAGAGAUGUUAUUAAGAGAAAGCAAUAGCACUCAGCUGUUGGAGUGGUUGCCAUCUUCUCUUAAACACCUUGUGUUCUUUUAUAUAGUGUCUACUAGUAUUUUCCUAAUAAAUAUAAUUUGUAGGGAAAAAUUAAUUUUUGGUCUGGUACAUAUCUGUAAAUAUAUUAAUACUGUUUUUGUGUUUGUGAUAUAGUAAAGAGAUGUAUAUAGAAGUACAUAGAGAUGUAUAGAGAGACAUCCCUCUACCUGGGCAGUUUCAAAACAUCUUCCUGAAGUAUGCUUUACAAUAAGAUUCUCAGUCUCCUUCAUUUAAUAACAGCUUCAAACAAUAUCACACCCAAAACACAGGUUUAUCAAGUUUUGGUAAUGGUAAUGAACUUUUAAGUAUUGGUUUCUGAAGCCAAACACUUUCUUAUACACAAAAAUAGGCACAUCCACUGAUAUUGAAUAAUCAGUAUUAUCUGUAAGAUAGACAAAUGUGAAAAAACUUCAUCCAAUCUUUAGUCAACUCCUAAUCAUGAUAGUUUUUGUUUCCCUUAUAUAUUUCUCAAGUAUAUUUACAUUUUUAAACUAAUUUGUCUUAAUAUUUUGCUUUAUAUUUUGGGAUCAGGUUAAAGUUUUAUGGGUCCCAUGAAUGUUAUCUGCCCUCUUGAUUGGCUUUUACUCCUGAACUACUAGUCAAAAUAGUAAAUGGUCUUUUAAGCUUCAAAAGUCAACAUAAAACUCAUUUGCCAUAAAAAUCAAUAUUUAAAUGUUCCCUAUUUCUGUAAACUCCUUGAAAAAAUUUUAAGGUCAUCAAUAUGGUGUUUCCCCGAAACUUCCCAUGAAAUUUGUUUUCUUACUGGAGUUGUUUUAUUUCUUUCUGUAAACCUAAAAAGUAGAAGUUUUGUUUUAUGCAUUUUGGCAACCUGGAAUGACCAGUUCCAAGGAUGAUUUGGCUUGUAAUGAUAAUCUCUGCUUUCUUGGGUUUGGAGUACAUAAUUGUAUUAUUUAUCUAGUUAUUUGCUUUUCUAUUUGUUCAAAGUAUUGGCUAUUUUUAUAAAAUUCUUUGGAAGUUUUUUCACUAGUGAUUGGAAGCAGAUUAUUUUUUGCACGAUUAAAGUAAGUUCAUUAUGUAAGUAUUUUUAAAGCAGUAUCUCUUUAUGAAGUUGUUUUUUUUUUUACCCUGUAUCUGAUAUAUCCUUGAAGAUAUGCCUAAGCAAGCUCCCUUGAGGAAUACUCACCUAUUUGAAAACUCAGAUAAGAUUAAAGUAUGUCAGGACCUUAAUAAAAGAACCAGGUACAAACCGUAGUUAUCCCUGUGUCUCUAAGGCACAGUAAAAGAAAACUAUUUUGAAGUCCCUUAGGAAACUAUCAUUUCUUAAGAAUUAAUGUAGUGGUUCUCAAAGUAUAGUCCCUAGACCAGCAGUCCCCAACCUUUUUGGCACCAGGGACCGGUUUCAUGGAAGAAAAUUUUUCGACAGAUCAGGGGCCAGGGGAGGGGUAUGGUUUAGGCAGUAAUGUGAGCUAUGGGGAGCAGCAGAUGAAGCUUGCCCACCACUCACCUCCUGCUGUGCAACCUAGUUCCUAACAUGCUGCUGACUGAUAACCAGUCUGUGCCUGGGGGUUUGGGACCCCCGUUCUAGACAACCUCCCUUAGCUCUUCACAAGUAUCCAUUGUUGUUGACCUAAAGUCUAGACUGCCAGAUAUUUCUCCAACAAAAAUGGAUUCAGGAUCAGAAGAAAACUGCAAUUCAUGGUCUGCAACCAUGGUGGGCCACAUGCAAUUUCCCACUCUACAAGGAAAGAAAAACACUUAUAGAAAGGAAAGGAAAGCCAGGAGUAAACAAAGGCUUUUCAUUCGCUGAACCCGUCCCAGAAAAGGAGUCUUUCUUCUUUUUGUUGGACUCUGCCAACAGUACAGGCCAUGAGAAUUCCCCUUUCUGCUCUUCUUCCUCUACUUAAUUGAGGUUUUUGAUUAUUAAUUUUUUUAAAUAUGAAAUCAAAACAAAACAGAAAGGCAGGGAAAUGCUGCUAGAUUGCAGGAGACUAAAGAAAUUUUGAAAAGUAAUGCUUGAUCCUUGAUUGAACCUUGUAUUAAAUUCAUAAAGGAUAUUUUGGGGACAUGGAAAUUUGAAUAUUAAACUAUAUAUUAGAUGAUA